AUGCAGCAGCAGCAGCAGCAGCAGCAGCAGCAGCCGCAGCAGCAACAGCAGCCGCCGCCGCCGCUGCCGUCUAUUCCGCCCCUAAGCGCGCAAUACCAAGACAACGGCCUGCAGCUAUCGGUCGCCGGAGCACCGGCCCCAGGUCAGCCCGUCGAUGGGUCCCAGCCGCCGACACCCCAGGCUCAAGACCGGGCCCCGCUCACCGCGGAGCAAAAAAGGCAACAGGACCUUAACUUGCAGCCGUACUCGUCUGUCGACCCGCAAGGGCGCCUAUAUUCUCUGGAUGUCGUGCAACAGCCACAACGUGCCCGGAUGUGCGGUUUUGGUGACAAGGACCGUAGGCCCAUUACGCCACCUCCCUGUGUGAGGCUGGUCGUCAGGGACAGCAAGACUGGCAAGGAAAUUGACUGCAAUGAGAUCGAACAUACUAUGUAUGUCCUCAAUGUGGAUCUUUGGUCCGAUGAUGCCUUGAAGGAAGUCAACUUGGUUCGCCACACAACAGCCACCCCUUCCAUCUCAUCGACGACCCCUGCAUCGUAUGCUGCAAUUGAGCAGUCUACGCCUGCAUAUUCCCACAUCCUGCCCUCAUCGACUCGCGAUGUCGGAUAUCCCCAGCAAAUGUCCUAUCAAAAUCCCGGUCCCCAGGUAAACCAUUACGCCAUGCAGCCAGGACCAUACGGAGGAGGUGGCUUUGUUUCGCCUAAUGGCGGAGGCUACACGCAACCGAACCCGUACUACGCCCAGGACUUCCGCCCCGAUCUGCAAAACAUGCCCCAGCUAGCAUCCCAAAACAAUACGUACGGUCCUCCGCGCGUCUACGACGCCCCGUUCAACAUGACACAGCGUCUUUCCAUCGGUGGCAACCAGCCCCAGGGAAUGUUCACACGAAACCUUAUUGGCAGCCUGGCCGCAAGUGCCUUCCGCCUUACCGAUACCGAAGACAAGAUCGGCAUCUGGUUCAUCUUGCAAGACCUCAGCGUGAGAACAGAGGGCAACUUUAGGCUUCGCUUCUCCUUUGUUAACGUCGGGAUCCCGCCUCCAGGACCGGGGCACCUUACCCAAGGCAUUAACACAGGCAAGGCGCCUGUGCUAGCAUCUGCCUUCAGCGAAGUUUUCCAGGUUUUUUCUGCCAAGAAAUUCCCAGGCGUCUGCGAAAGCACACCGCUCAGCAAAUGCUUUGCCACGCAGGGCAUCAAGAUUCCGAUAAGGAAAGAGGGCGCGAAUAGCAAGGGGAACAAUGACGAUGACGAUUACGAAUAG